AUGGAGCUUGCAAUUCAGCAGGCCAACCGCGCACAGCCCAUUGAAACCGCCUUCAGCGUCGGCUGUCUUCUGGUCAACGGGCGGCAAAUAAUAUCCACAGGGUACUCGCGAGAGCUCCCCGGUAACAAGCAUGCGGCGCAAUGUGUCAUUGCAAAAUCAAAGUCCACACCACAGGCGCAUUUGGUCUUGGGUUCGGUGCUUUACACUACGAUGGAGCCGUGCUCGUUCAGAUUGUCUAAGAAUACGCCGUGCUCGACGCAUAUUAUUGAUGCUGGGAUUAAGCAGGUGGUUAUUGGGGUCAAGGAGCCGCUGACUUUUUCAGAGUGCCAGGGUGUUAGGAAGUUGCUGGACGCGGGUGUCGAGGUUGUGCAUUUGAAAAUCUUGGAGGAGGAAUGCCUG